AUGAAAAUGACAAUUUUACAUGAAGAAAUAAAUUUUUUAAAAAAGGAUGAGUUAAACAUAAAUUUAAAAUGUUUAGAUAAAAAAGAAAGAUAUAAGAUAUGGAGGAGAAUACCUAAAUGCGAACUACACUGUCAUUUAGAUUUAUGUUUUUCAUUAGAAUUUUUUUUGAAAUGCGUUCGUAAAUAUAAUUUGCAGCCAGAUUUAACAGAUGAUGAAGUUGUUGAUUAUUAUUUAUUUAAAGAUAAAGGAAAAUCAUUGAAUGAAUUUAUUGAAAGAUCAAGAAGAGUUACUGAUAUUUUUAUUAAUUAUGAUAUCAUAAAAGACAUUGCAAAGAAUGCUGUAUUUAAUAAAUAUAAAGAAGGUGUAAUUUUAAUUGAAUUUCGUUAUUCUCCAUCUUAUAUAGCAUAUAAAUAUAAUUUAUGUAUUGAUUUGAUUCAUAAGACCAUAGUUGAAGGAAUAAAUGAAGCUGUAGAAAAAUUAAAUCAUAAAAUUCAUGUUGGAUUGAUAUGCAUUGGAGAAACAGGAAUUUCUGAAGAAAGUUUAAGAAAAGCUGCUGAAUUUUGUGUAAAAAAUAAAAAAGAUUUUGUCGGAUUUGACCAUGCAGGACAUGAACGAGAUUUAAAACCAUAUAAAGAAAUUUAUGACUAUGUAAGGGAAAACGGUAUACCCUUAACUAUUCAUGCAGGAGAGGAUCUAACUUUACCAAAUUUAAAUACAAUUUAUUCAGCAAUUGAAGUGUUAAAAGCAAAAAGAAUUGGACAUGGAAUAAGAGUUAUUGAAUCAGAAGACUUAAUAAAUUUAAUAAAAAAAAAUGAUAUCUUAUUAGAAAUUUGCCCAAUAUCUAACUUAUUAUUAAAUAAUGUAAAAUCAAUGGACACACAUCCAAUAAAAAAACUUUAUGAUUCUGGAAUAAAAGUGUCAGUAAAUACAGAUGACCCAGGAAUGUUUUUAACAGAAAUUAAUGAUGAAUAUGAAGAACUUUAUUUGAACUUGAAUUUUAAUUUAGAAGAUUUUAUGAAAAUGAACUUAUGGGCCUUAGAAAAAUCUUUUGUCAAAUCUGAGAUUAAAGACAAAUUAAAGAAAUUGUAUUUUUAG